CAAAAACAUUGAAAAGUUAUUGAAAAAUUUUACAAAGAACAGUUCAAACAUAUUUUUUUAAAACUCUGUUAGUUAAAAAGCUACAACUUAAAAUAAAUUGAUGCUUGUAGUGCUUUUUAAAGAAGUUUUUUGUGAAUUCUAGGACUAGGCAUAACCUUAUAUGACCUGUCAGACGAAAACUUAUUUAAUAAGCUGAUUAUAUUAUUACGACAAAUUUAAUUAAAUCCUUAGCAUAAAUCCAGAGCUACGUUGCCGGUUCCGGUUUUUGUUAUGUUUUUACACCUCACAAAAUCAAUUACUGAAAGUUCUCCUACCUUGCCAUUUGUGUUUUAUGUAUAUAUUAUAAAAUGCCUGUAAAUGUUUAUUCAUAUUAAGGAAACCUUAAGAUGUUCAAUUCAGGGAUUAAAGGAAAUCAAAGGUGUAAUGGUGUUUUUGCAUCACCCUCUGUUGAUCUGUCCGUUGUAAAUGAUACGCCUCUUCACAAUAUUAGUUAUAAAUUCGUAAACAAAUUAGAUAAUAAGGAUUUGUACAGUGCUAGGAACUAUGGAGACCAACCAUUUAUUAAAAGUCAACGCUAUAUUAAAAAUUCAAAUAACAAUUUGUCUACCAAGGUGACUACCGAUGUUGAUCAAAAUUGUGGAGAUAAAUCAGCUGUACACAGUAUUAUAGGUUUAAGUGAUUCAAAAACGCACAAUUCGUCAUUAGUACUAGAACAUAAAAUUAAGAGUGAAAAAACUAGAUCUACACAUCACGAAGCUUUGCAGAGGAUAGAAUGUGAAAAAGACAUUAUCAACCACUAUCAACAACACUGGUUUAGUGUUAGCCUCGAGAAAUUUAAACUGGAGGAUAGGUCCCGGGAGGAACGUAUUGAAAUUACAAGGCAUGAAUUCUUAAGGCAUAUACAGCAGAUUCAAAGAAGUAACAUUGGAAAGCGUAAUCGGAUGCCUGAUUGGAUUGUAAAAAGAACAAAAAGGGCAGUUUCACAUAAAAAUAAAAACAGUUAUAAUUCUGGCCUUAUUGCGCCAAAGUAUUGUGAAGUGGAAGAAUGCAGUAAACCUGCUUUAUCUUGUGCAAGACUUUGCUCUUUACAUAUAAUGCUUGACACACGGCAGGUAUUGUUUGAAUAUUGUACUGCCAAAUUUGCAGACAACACGCAGUGUUCGAUGCCAGUAUUUGAUAUCAGCCAUGAGUUACCUUUAUGUGCCGAACAUGCUAGGAAAAGGGACAAUUAUAGACUCUACCAAGAAGCUAAACCAAAGAAAAUUAGGAAAAAAGUUAAACCGUCCGCGAUGAUACGACCACAAAAACGAAAUAAGAAAAAGAAAAAAUCCACCAAAUCAUCGGACUCGUCUUUGUGUAAUACUGGAGUGGAUAACACGCCAUUUUCAUCAUCGGAAUUAAGUAAUGAAAUGGUUCAAGCUGAUUCUCCAGAACUUGAGGAAGAUUUACAAAUUGACCAUGUACUAGCAUUAAAUGAAAACGGACUGGAACAAGCCCUUGUUACUCAGGGCCAUCUACUUGAAGAGACUGAUAUUAGCAAUGUCCUAAGCACCAUACAAGUGGAUGAAUUCAGCGAUUUCUUUAAUGUUAACCGUAAUGGUGAAUAUGAACCAUCCCGAGAAGAAGCGGAAGAACUAGAAAAGGCUCUAGCAGCCGUCGACAAUGAUGUCAAAUCUUUAGAAAAACUUAGUCAAACGCAAGGUUUGCUUGAUUCGCUUCUAGACGAGCACACAUUGGCCGAGACUUUAGUGCAGAUACCCGAUAUGUUCCAUAACGGUUACACACAAUGUGGAGACAACAUGGUUACACAGACUGCUUCAUAUUUGUUACCGGUUGAACCUCAUUCACACUCUUAAAGUGAUGGAUAUACUGAUCUUGUAUCAGUUGGUAGCUCUUUAUGGAAGGUAAUUUACGAGAAGGAACAUAAAAACAUUUACAACAGAGUGUCCGACAAGAUAGGAAUUCAAAAUUGUUAUCGCCUCCCACGAUACUUCGAAAAAAACUGUAUUAAAUCAAGUUGCCUAAAAAUCAGUACGUGUCACCUGACCAUUAGAAUGAUGCUGAGUUAGUUCACUUAGGUUCAAUGACAGGAUGUAAAAAAAAUUGAAAAUAUUUUCAGUUCUUUAAGAUGGUUAUAUACCAUUUUUGCAGUUAUGUAUAUGUAUUUUUAACACACUGUAAUAAAAACAACAACAUAAGAGAUUGAAUGAGAAUAAUAAAUAAAAUUUGUCGCGCCUCAUAAAAAAAUGCAUGACGCCCACAUUUUAAUUUUUUGUAUGUUUUUCGGAGAGUAAACAAAUUUUUGUCUUUGGGCUUUUUGUCCUAUCUCAUUUCCUUGUAAAAAUCAACAGUAAAAAAAAUUACAAUACCCUUUUACUAUAAAAAAAACAUUUUACAUCAAGUAACACCAACAGCAGAUACGAAAAAAUUCAGGAGACAAAAGACGUCUAAUGAAAAAAAUAUAAAUAAUUAUUUUAAUCUGAGGCUAAAUUAGAGUUCAUGUUAUAAGCAAAGCAUCUCCUGUCCCCACGUUUUUAUAGUAUUUUAAUUAAAAUUGCUCAAUUUCUCACCUCUUGACGAGUGUUGUAAGCAGGAGACAUGAUGAAAUUCAUUUUGUGCUGUGGUAUAAUUACCUUGCAACGAAAUUAAUGACAAAAUAUUGAAAAAAUAUGUUCUCAAUUUUUAAAUAAUUGCAACAGUUUUUAUUUUGCAAUAUCUUCCUACCUCCAGGUAGGAAGGGACUCGUCGCACUUAAAAGAAUAAAAUUAGAAAAAUUCCGUUUUGGACAAAAAAUUUAUUUAGAACUCUUAGAUGAUUGUGACUGCCCCAUUUUAGUAACACAUAAGAUCUGAUAGAAAUAUAAGUAUACAAAUAUGAAUGUUGAACCAGUUGCCUUUCCACUUUUUUGGCAAUGCAAUGUGGGGUCGGUUCUAGUUAAUUCCGUAAAAAUUGCAAAAUCACCAUCAUAUAAACCAUAAAUUCCCGACACAAAAUACAACAAAAUUUUAUAUUAUGGAUGUAUAAUAUAUACGUUAGAAGAAAUUGUUUCAAAAUGAUGAAUUUUAAAAUGUGAUCAUCAAAAUUGAGAAUCCUAUGGGUGCAUCUUUUUUCUACUCUCAUUUUAGGCAUUAAAGAGUGGGCGAACGUGGACGUAUUUAUAACAGUUUUCCCGGCUAAUCAAAAAUUGUCAGUUCCGCGAUUUUUUUACUGUUUACUGUUUAAGAUUAAGGAAAACCUACUGAAGGGCUUAAAUAAACAUAAAGUAUAUUUUGAAAAAGGUUAAUGUUGAUAGAUUGUUUUUCUUUUUAAAUAACCAUUCUAAAACUACAUAUUUUUAAUAAAAUCAAGUGACUGUCAAUCACAAGAAACAACACUAUGCAGGGACGUCCAUUUAAAUCUAAUCAAGGAUAAUAGGUAUAUCCCGCAUGCGUAAAAACAUAAUGAAUAUAAUAUCCUGUACAAGGGUUACUAAAAACUGGACAUUUUAGCUUGGGCUAGUUAUCAGCAAUGAGGAUUCUGAUGAAGUAGGCGAUGAAAUGUAUUCAUUCGAAUAUGAUAUGGAAAUAUGAAACGUUAUAGAUUUCAGAAAAUGGAUGGCUUUAGCGGUCAAAGUCAGAUUUCUUCCUUUACUUAGCUUAAUGAGUACUGCAUGCUUUCAGUUUCUUUCAGCGUAUUCAAAGCACCCUGGCAUGCAGCAAACUGUAUUUAAUAAUCCUUUUUGAUCCUUGUUAAGACAAUACAAUCCUUAAAAGCGCAAUGGUUUACAUAACUGGUAUAUAAAUAUAUAAUUGUUUCAAUUGUUUAAGUAAAACUUUAGUUUGUAUUGGUUACUGCUUCCUUUUGACUGUUAAAUUCCACGGGAUCGCUCCAAUCAAAAAUGAUAAUUUGUAUAUUUCUGGCUGUUAGUCAUAUACCGCGGAAGUCAGUAUAAUAGCACUUAUCUAUUGAGAUUUAAUUGCACGCUCCAAAGCAUGAAUUACCCGUUAUGGAAAUACAUUUUUAUUUUCACAAACAGUUUAUCAACACUCUUUGCCAGUAAGGCUUCUUGUAAAGAUGCUUAGCUUUGUCGUGUAACGCAUAUUUGUUCACCCAGUGCCAAACAUUAGUUUUAAAUUUCCUACAAAUUAUCGAUCAAUAUUAUAAUUCGGGAAUGUUUAUGGCAUUAUGGUUUAAUUAAAAUUGUGUUUUCCCAGAAACGACAUUACUGUUUACUUUGUGACUGCAUUAUUUUCUCCUUUCAACAUUGACCUGUGGAACCUUUUAUGUAUUAUAAUUUCUCUAACUUUUUCAAAGCUUCAGAUCGGCUUAAUCAGAUAUCGUUUACCAAAAAAAGCGAAAUACAGUCACGCAAUUGGAAUUAAAUAAAUUUUCAUGCCACACAAAGAGUUAUUUCUUUCGUUCUUAUGGAAAGAAACAUUUCAUUUACUAAUAAAAGGAAACGCAAUAUGGUUUUCCUAAAAGUAAAUUAGUUUGUCCCUUUUAGAAUUUAAGCAAAUAAAUUGAUGUAGUAUUGGUGUAAAAAAAAAACAUUUCAAUGGUAUUGAGACAGUCACAACACUAUAGCCUACUUAUUUGUUGAUGUAUACUUUACAAUUUUGUUUUGGUUAGUUUCCAUUAUUCGAGAAAUUUAUAUGUCCUGUCGUUGCAUCUUCAUGACAUAGGAUGUACCUUAAAUUUUGUAGUAAAAAGACUGAUUAGUGAUAUAUAGCAAUUAUUAUAUGUAUAUAGUACAAUUUUUAGGUGAAUUUUCAAUUAAAAAUACAUAUACCAGUUAUGUACAGGGAAGGAAAAACUUCAUUUUCUACUUUUUUAAUCCAAUUUUUAACUGUUAGCUAGGUUUGGAAUUAUUUCUAAAUGUUUAUUGUGAUUUGACUUUGGUGGGUAGAUACUGUAACAGUUAGCGUGUUGUAAAAACAUUGCUCAGGAAAAAUUUGGUGUUUAGGAUAUUGUAUAAAAUAAGUAGUAAUUUGUAAAAACAACGCAUAUUGCUUGUGAAGCUCUAGAUCUGUAUAUUGUUUUCAAACUUUUUUCUUGGCAACUUUUGGAAACUGUACUGCCUAUACUAUAAUUUAAUAUUAAUUUAUCAACCUGUAGAAAUAAAUACAGGUAACUUUUCUUAGAUAUGACCAAGGAAGAAGUUUCAAAACUAAGAAAAACCGGCAUUUACUGUAAAAAUUUGCACUUUUACUGUUGUAUAGGUUCAUCAAUAAUUGUAAUAAUAAAGGUAUUUAUUUUUAUAUCCAAGUUCUUUAUGGAAAUUAAAAAAUUACUCCUCAAAUACUUGACCUCAUAACUGAUUGACUGAAUAUUAAAUAUAAACUUUUUUUUGCCCCACAUUCUGAUUUCAUUUUAAAAAAAUUCAUACGUUACAGGAAAGACCAGUUUGUCCUAUGUGCAGCCAGUUUAAUGAAAGAACCGAAUACUAAUCAAUCAGUUUUACAGGAUAAAGAGGUUUGGUUUAGAAAAAACUAGUUUCUUUCAGAUUUUGUCUGCACUGCACAACCACUAACCUGUGUAUAGUCCAAUU